UCUGUCUUUACUGUCUUUCAGAUGGCAGCAGUGACAAUGGGCUUUGGAGAUCCUCUCUCACCUUUGCAAUCGAUGGCAGCUCAGCGACAGCGGGCACUGGCCAUCAUGUGCCGGGUCUACGUGGGCUCCAUCUACUACGAGCUGGGGGAGGACACCAUUCGCCAGGCCUUUGCCCCCUUUGGACCCAUCAAGAGCAUUGACAUGUCCUGGGACUCUGUCACCAUGAAGCACAAGGGCUUUGCAUUUGUGGAGUACGAGGUCCCAGAGGCCGCCCAGCUGGCCUUGGAGCAGAUGAACUCCGUGAUGCUGGGAGGCAGGAACAUCAAGGUGGGCAGACCCAGCAACAUAGGGCAGGCCCAGCCCAUCAUAGACCAGCUGGCCGAGGAGGCGCGAGCCUUCAACCGCAUCUACGUGGCUUCUGUGCACCAGGACCUCUCGGACGACGACAUCAAGAGUGUGUUUGAGGCCUUCGGCAAGAUCAAAUCUUGCACCCUGGCUCGGGACCCCACGACUGGCAAGCACAAGGGCUAUGGCUUCAUUGAAUAUGAGAAGGCCCAGUCGUCCCAGGAUGCCGUGUCUUCCAUGAACCUUUUUGACCUGGGUGGCCAGUACUUGCGGGUGGGCAAGGCUGUCACACCCCCUAUGCCCCUGCUUACACCUGCCACACCGGGAGGCCUACCGCCUGCUGCUGCUGUGGCCGCAGCUGCAGCCACAGCCAAGAUUACGGCUCAGGAAGCAGUGGCUGGAGCAGCGGUACUGGGUACUCUAGCCACACCUGGACUGGUGUCCCCUGCCCUGACUCUGGCCCAGCCCCUGGGGGCUCUACCCCAGGCUGUCAUGGCUGCCCAGGCCCCGGGAGUUAUCACAGGUGUGACCCCGGCCCGGCCUCCCAUUCCGGUCACCAUCCCCUCUGUGGGAGUGGUGAACCCCAUCCUGGCCAGCCCUCCGACACUCGGUCUCCUGGAGCCCAAGAAAGAGAAGGAGGAGGAGGAGCUGUUUCCUGAGUCCGAGCGGCCGGAGAUGCUGAGUGAGCAGGAGCACAUGAGCAUCUCUGGCAGCAGCGCCCGCCACAUGGUGAUGCAGAAGCUCCUCCGCAAGCAGGAGUCCACAGUGAUGGUUCUGCGCAACAUGGUGGACCCCAAGGACAUCGAUGACGACCUGGAGGGGGAGGUGACCGAGGAGUGUGGCAAGUUUGGUGCUGUCAACCGUGUCAUCAUCUACCAGGAGAAGCAGGGCGAGGAGGAGGAUGCAGAGAUCAUUGUCAAGAUUUUUGUGGAGUUUUCCGUAGCCUCUGAGACUCACAAGGCCAUCCAGGCCCUCAAUGGGCGCUGGUUUGCUGGCCGCAAGGUGGUGGCUGAAGUGUAUGACCAGGAGCGUUUUGAUAACAGUGACCUCUCCGCGUGACCUCAGACCCAUUCCCUGGACUUGCACUUUUCUCCUCGUUUCCUCUGGGUUUUAUAGAGUGAUUCGGUGGUAUCUUGCGCCCAGCCGCCCAGCCUGUGGAUAAAGGUGCAGAUGCUGCUGGCCCUGA